CGUCUUCUCUUUUUUACACAGGUCACAUUUUGACAUAUUUUUGGAUGAAACUUCACAGAUGCACAAGACACAACACAAUGUAUGUCUAGAAUUUUAGUUUGCAUUUUUUGGAAACUUGGAAGUGUCACAACAAAAAAUGGGGUGCGGGCGCAACUAGUUGCAAAUGAGAGUUUCCCUCGGUUUUCUCCAUAGACCACAUCCAGGAGGGCGUUGCCCCGGCCGCCGGCAAGAAGGGAGGCACCGGCGUGUGGCGGACAGAAGCGCGCCGGCCCGUGAACCUACAAACCGCUCGUGCUAUUCGUCGCUGCCGCCGCGUUUGCGUGCUGAGCGGAGGGACGAGAUCUGGAAGAACCGCGGUGCCUCCGCGUCCUCGCCGUCGUUGACCUCCUCGCUCGGGUGCCUGAACGCUCAGUAUCGCCGCUGCCUGUCCUCUCCAUCAGGGACACCACUUCCACCGAGUCCCGCGCCACACGCCUUUUCAUCGGUUGCGGCCGGCCGGUGCCGUUCUCGCCGCGUCAGCGGUGCGCGGCACCUCCGGUGUCGAUUGUCGAGUCGGGGAUGGAUGCCGCGGCCGCCGCUUGCCCUUGCCUGGCUGUCGAUGCUGCUUGGGUCGCUCUACCCUUCUCCUGCUACCGGUUUCUCUCUUGCGCAUGCCGGCAUGCCGCCGGCGCGGAGAAAGACGAGCGCGACAAGAGCCAUCUGGAAGCCCUCUCCCAUUAUCCUGCAUCAGGAAUAAAUAUUCAGAGCAAGACCCGAUGGCCUCAGAUUUUCUAGCUUAGUCAUCAGUCACCACUCACCACUCGAUGAAGAAAACCAGGUCAACAAAGAACUUUGUCAGCUUGUUCAGUUUCCAAGUAUAACUGCUGUCUUCUUGGCAGAGUUCAUUGCUGAUACUUCUCUCCAGCUCCCCAGGCCGCCAGGAGUGGCCACUGUUCUAGGGAAAAAGGCAGAGUUUACAGUCCUCACUUCCAUUUUGAUUGACUUUACACCAGCUGCGGCAAAGUUUGCAACAGGGCUUCAAGCUGAAGCAGGGCGCUCGUGAACAAAAAUAUGGCAGGCGUUGGUGCCAUGUUGGCAAACUUGCUCAUCAAAUGGGAUCUGGACACCUACAUUUUGCUUCGCAUCCGCGUCGUGAUGGGAUUUCUCCUCAUUCUGCACUACGUGGCACUUGGUUUUUUGGUAGUACCGCAAAACACCUCAAGAGUUUCCUGGGCGAGGGUACUUGAUGCCAUGUGUGACAUGCUACUGGUUUAUGUUAUGGGGGCCAUGCAAGCCGCACCUUUCAAGAAUGAGAUGUUUCCAAUCUGGGCAGUUUUGCUGGUCAGUUCCCGUUCUUGCACCAACUUCAUGUCUAAGUACGAUGCAUACUUUGAGCUGAGAAACAUGUUGAAGCUUUGGGCAGCGGCAUUGUUGAAUGUAAGACAUGGCUCCAAGUCGUCGCGCGCUUCUUUCUGGUUCUUUUGGGGUAUGCUGGUCAUCAAAAUCUUGUACAGGAUUAGAGCACGCAAGCUAACAUCUAAAUCCUUCUGGCACGGUCGUAGUUCAGAACUUGUCCUGGUGUACAUGGGUUCCGUUGACCAUAAUUUGAGCAACUUCAACCUAGAUACUCUGGAAGGAUGCAAAUACUUGGUCUAUGGAGAUUCAAAGAAAAACAUCACAAGGGGGCUUCGUCCAAGUAUUAGCGACCUGAAGUCGGUAAUUGGCUUGGACAACAUUUGGCUACAUGAUGGCAGUGUACUGCUACACAUCAUCAACGAGCGGAAGAACACCGUCAAAGAUCUGACCCUGGCCUUUGCCCUGUCCCGGCUGCUCCGGUGUCGGUUGGAUGGAGGAAGACUGCAUGAGGACACAAUUUCCAUGACCAGAGAGUUAAUCUGCUCGCGGAUCAUCCGUGCCGAUGAUAAUGUUGACAGGGUACUAGCCGGUAUCCUGCUGAUGGAUCUUUCGUUCCUCGGUCAGCACAUCCAUACUGGUUAUCCUAUGGUCUUCUGCCAAGGGCUUCGCUCGCUCUACCUCCAUGCCCUACAGUGUGUAGUCCAGUUAACUUGCUUAGUGUGGCUUCUGGUGGAUAUCUUUCCACACUAUAACACUGACGUGCUUAUCACGGUGCCAACCGUAGCCGUGAUAUUAGGAAUGAAAAUGUUUGAAGCAUUCAGUUGCAUAUCAUCAAACUGGACACUACUACUGCUCGUGUGCAACUAUGUGAGUUGCCGUAACAACAAACGUUUGGAGCAUGUCUUUGAGAGAAUGAUAUCAAGUAUCCUUGGCUUGAAAGAGGAUCUGCCAGUGUCGUUUUCAAGCCGGUAUGACUUCCUGCAAUCAUCAAACUACAGUGAGGGGAAGUUGAGAGUAGAUCCACUUAAUAAACACCUUUUGGCAGGACGGUCAAUCCAAAGGACGCGUUGCAACACUGUGAUAGCCGCAGUCAUUCGGGCACUAGCCCGCUACAUGGACGAAGAGGGCAGUCGCCUGCCAAGGCACUGCCUUCCCUCACCACGUGUUAGUGAUAGAGCGCAAUGUUAUUGGUCGGCAUGCCUUCAGCUACCAAGUUGCGCCCAUCUUAUUCUGGUCUGGCACAUUGCAACAAGCCUCUGUCAGGUGAAGCUCGAGCAAGACCAAGGCUAUACCAAUAAUAGAGGAUUAUUUAGAUUUUUUGUUCGAAAUACAAGGCCUGAUCUUGCCGGAAACUUCAGCAAGGCAAACACAGUGGCCAAUUGCUUGUCUCGGUACUGUCUUGAACUACUGAUAUCAAAGCCCAACCUGCUGCCGGAGAACAUUUUUGCAUCCAAGAAGCUACUCUUGGACACAAUUCAGCAUGCUAAUGACCUUCUGAGAAGCUGCAACUCACCACAGAGCAAGUACGAUAAGCUCGUUGCAUUAUCACAGGCUGUUCCUGCAGGUAGCCGGCAGGAUAUCGAGCUGAGUGGAAACAUAUUGAUACAAGGCGCCAUGAUGGGCAAGAAACUGAUUGACAGUGAGGACGAAGAAAGUCGCUGGGAGAUCCUAGCCGAGGUAUGGGCUGACAUACUCAUACAAAUUGCCCCAAGUUCUAAGGCAGAAGCGCACGGGACGGCUCUCCAGUUUGGAGCCGAGCUCGUGACCCUAGUCUGGGCUCUGCUCUGUCACUGCGGCAUUGAGAAGAGUGAAUUGUGGCCAGAGGAACGCUAGCUCCAACAAAGUCUAAACAACAGAGGCAUCUCUACUUUGUCUGGCACAUGUUCAUUCUCCAUGCUCUGCGUAGUCCCUCCCUUUAUCCUAUCAGUAUGUUCCAAUAAAAUGAAAAGACGUGAAGACUAACUCUUUGGCAAUGUCAUAUAGGAUUUUUGGAUUCACUUAGAUUAUUUUCUCCUGGAUUCUGUGUCUUUGUUUCAACUCAGGGGUUAUGUAACUCUUAAAAUAUGUAAUUACAUGCUAUAUUUGUUUUUAGAUGAUCAUUUGCCA